AUGUUGACAAAUCACGAAAAGGUCGAUUAUGAUGAAACUUUGAUCUCAUUGAAUAUAUUUUCCUUGAGUUACAUUUUCUUUGAAACCAAUUCUAUUUUCAUUGAAACUCUGUCUUCACAGAGAUUUUACUUUCCUGCUUUCCAACGGUUGUUCGACUUUCGACACAAUUAUUUUCCAAAUUCGUAUUCCACACCUGCCUUAGUUACCACCUGGUUUUGUUGUCAAUAUUUAGAAUUAGAAAUUAUGGCAAGAUUAAAUGUUAAGAUUCAAGCAUUAAUAGCUGAAUACGUACCAUUGGUUUUAAAAUGUGAAAAUACUUUUAAUUUGGAGAGUUGGAAACCUGAAUUGGUUUAA